AUGGAGCAUUCCCAGUUGGAGGCUUCACACCACCUGUCGCCUUCCUGCUUCUGCCAGGCGACGUGUCCAGCUCGCCGGGAAGUGAGCAGGACGACCGCCCCCACCGGUAGCGCUUCGAAUUCCGGACGGGGCGUUCGCCGUGCGACGCUUCGACCAACCAGCGGCGAGGAGUCGGUCGGCGGCGUGCUGUGGCAGCGUCCCAAUGCCACCGGGGUUGUCGAGAACUGCGCCGGCCAAUAUGUGCACCAGUUCGUCCCUCGCGGGUGUGGCCUG